UCACUUUCCGGUCAGGGGCUAAGAUGGCGACUCCCAUGCACCGACUCAUCGCUCGGCGGCAGGCGGCUACUACAAGAAGCCAGAGAAGUUUAGUCUCGAAAAGGUGUUGGAUGUUAUAGACAGGAUGACUAUUAGAAACUUGAUAGACCUGGGAGCCUGAGUAAGUGAUGACAAAGGCCAGUGAACCAUGCCAUUCUUCUGUACCGCAGGAGGCAAACAAGCAGCAUGUGAGAUGUCAGAAGUGUUUAGAGUUUGGACAUUGGACCUAUGAAUGUACCGGGAAAAGAAAAUAUCUGCACAGACCAUCAAGGACAGUGGAAUUAGCGAAAGCUCUGAAAGAAAAAGAAAACAGACUAUUGUUGCAACAAAGAACUGGAGAAAGUACUGCAGAAAGGAAGACCAAGAAAAAAAGGUCUAAGAGCGUCACCAGUUCCAGCAGCAAUAGCAGCAUCAGUUCAGCUAGUGAUUCUUCAUCCGAGAGUGAAGAUUCCUCUUCCUCCUCUUCUUCUGAUGACAGCGACAGUGACGAAAGCUCCUCCACUUCCUCAUCCUCCCCAUCUUCAAGUAGUUCUUCCUCUUCCUCAGACUUCGAGUCAGAUUCUAGUUCCUCCAGUAGCAGCAGCACCAGCACAGACAGCAGCUCUGAUGAUGAGCCACCGAAGAAAAAGAAGAAGAAAUAGUGUGGUGCCAUGUUCGGUGACAAUGUAGGACUGGUAUUCGUGAACGAUAAUGUCAUUCUCUAAGGAGGUUUUGAAUAUAUUAUUGCCAAACAGCUUAACUGGUUAAAAUUUCUACAGUUUAAAACUUUCUAAGUGUUUUACAUAUUCGGUCAUAGGACAUAAAAAGGUAUUACAUGGCAAGUGAGACUUAUUGAAAGAGUAUUUUUGUGGUUAAUCCUUUAAUGGGAAAUUUUACUUUUUUAGUUUAAAAAUCUGUCAUCAGAUUUGUUUAUAUGACCUAAAGUCCAGUAACCCUAAUGUUUACAUGCCAGAGAGCAAAACCUUCUUGUUUCAGAUUGUGCUGUAUAUGUCAUAUACUGACCCUCUGUUUACAGCAGUGUCAUUUAUGUUUUAGAAAAUCCUGUAAACUAGUUAGGGAGGAAGAGGAAUAAGAGCUUCUAACACCAGUGGCUGUGUAGUAUUCGAAUAGCAUUACCAUUAUCUGGCUAAACUGAAUGCACAGUAUUGCUCAGAGGAUGACUUCCAUCCCUUUGCUGAGAAAUAUAUUAUACUUUCUUGCUCAGCUUUUCUCAAAUGACUUUUCCUGAGAUUUCCAGGUCAAAGGUUAAUUGCAACAUAAAACCUUUAUUAGUGCUAAUUUGUUAGAGAUCCAUAUGCUGUUUGUACUGUACAAAGGCUUUAGCUAGUCUUUUCAACUUUGCCUGUUUCCUGAGUUCAUGGAACUGUAACAUUCUCUGAGACAAAGAAUGUCUCUUGCAGCAGUAGCAUCGGAAUAAGACGAGGGUUACAGGUGGGGGGGGGGGAGGCGAAUCAUAAUAACUAAUGCUGCUUAGGAGUUUCAUCUUUGUGCCUUUUUUAUAAAAAUUAAAUGUAUCCUAAAAAGAGAGGGGCCACAGUGGUUCUUCCCUCCCCCCUCUCCCCCCCCCAACUCCCGAACUCAUUUAGCUUUCCACACAGAAUAUGAGUUGGAGAAAUGGUAGUAACAUAAAUAUAAUUGAGACAUUAUUUUCAAAGCAAGGACAAAAAGCUAUUUUCAUUGGAAGUUUAGUAAGAAAAAAUGAGUCACCUUUAAAUAUAGUUCCCAAAAGGAAGAUAUUUCCCUUUUGCUAUUUUUGCAAAAUUAUUGUGUAGUGUAAAAUUGCCAAUUUGCGUUUGUUGGGCACAUGGCACCUGGCAUUAUAGUUUGCAGUAUAAAAUGAUUAUUUGGCUCAGUCCAUUAUUUUUACAUGACAAGUUUGUGCACAUUUGUGAAAGAAAUGGAAGAGGCAUAUUAGCCAAAAAUUCCAGCAAACGAACAUCACAACCCUGCAUACUGCAAGAUGUCUUUUGCAAGUUGCUAAAUAGAACUAAUCUGCUGUUGUGGUGAAUUUAAGCAGAUGGCAUUAGUCAUUUAAUUUUGUGAUGCAGUCUCCUUUUCAAUUUCUUAUUGAUGGAGUUCCCUUUUUUUGGGAGGGGGCAUCAUAUGUGAAAGAAAAUUCCUAGAUAUCCUGGUUUAGGUAAAAUAUAGUAAUUAAACUAUUUUUUAUAUUUUUAUGGAAAAAGUAGUGUGUAGAAUUACUUUUGAAUAAAAUGUGCUUCUAUUUAAAUGUUUGAAAAUAUGUAUGUUGUGUGUUUUAGUCUGUAAUCAUUAUUGAGUUUUACAGAACAUCCUGAAGACUGUAAAUAAAACUACCAGGAAAUUGUUUGUCAUCUUAGAGAAUGUACCAUUUAAUGGGAAAAGUUAAUAAAUUAUUAAACACUG